AUGCGAGAAAACUAUACCAAAUUUGAUAGUUUUGCGCAAACUUUUGCAGUUCUUCAAAGAGUAUUAAAUGCAAGUAUUAUAGUUGACAAUGUCAAAGUGUCCUCGAUUGAUAGAGGAUUAUGUGUAUUGAUUGGAUUAUCAACAGAAGAUACUAACGAGGAUUUAGAAUAUAUUGUUAAGAAGAUACUUAAUGUUAAAGUGUUUGAUUGUGAGGAUGGGGAAGGGAAAGAAAAGAAGAUGUGGGCUAGAAGUGUUAAAGAUGCUGGUUUGGAAGUAUUAUGUGUAUCACAAUUCACAUUAUACGGAAAUACAAGGCAAGGUAAUAAACCUGAUUUUCACAAUUCAAUGAAAUCAGAAACUUCAAAAACAUUUUAUGCAAAUUUCAUUAAUAGGUUGAAACAAGAAUAUAUCGAGGAUAAAGUUAAAGAUGGGAUCUUUGGAGCAAUGAUGAAUGUUCAUCUUGUAAAUGAGGGACCAGUAACACUGGAAUUAGAUUCCAGGAAAUUUAUUUAUGUAGAUAAACGUAGUAGAAUGAAGAUUGACAAAUAUUGCCUGUUAUUUAUCCAUUCAUAG